UGUGUGUGUGUGUGUGUGUGUGUUUCAGCUCAUUUGGUUUGGAUAUUUACUACACAAAUACUUGAAGAGUCUGGCCAUCUGGUUGGUCAGUGCCUUCCAGUUUUUUUAUUGUCUCUCACAGAAAUAAAAACUGCCCCUUCAUCACUGAGAUCACACAAACUCUGCGCUGAGUAGAUCAUCUGUGGAGAAAUGAAGGCUGUCGUCACUCUGCUCCUGUUUUUGAGUCUCUCUGGACUGAGCUUCAGUCUCCACAGAAAACAUGUGUUUGUGAAUAAAUUAAUGACCUGGAAAGAUGCACAGACGUACUGCAGAGAACACCAUGAUGACCUGUCCACCGUCAAUAAAGAAGAGGCACAACUGCUCUCUAGAAAUCCAGAAGUCAAUCAUUUAUAUUUUUGGAUUGGACUGCACAUGAGUCCUAACAACCCAGAAAAAUGGAUUUGGUCUGGAGGUGAGGAUGAACAAAUUGACAAUUGGGACACUGGGGAACCAGACAGGAUCACUCAAGAGUGUUGCGUUGUAAGAAAAUAUAAUUAUAAACUGCACAAUCUUCCGUGCUCAGCGACUCUGCCAUUUUACUGUAUGCGGGUCUUUGAGCCCAUUCUGGUGCAUCAGAACAAGACGUGGGAUGAAGCCCUGGACUACUGCAGACAGAACUACAUUGACCUGGUGAGUCUAAGAUCUGAGAUGAUUAUGGCAGAGGUGAUAAAUAACGCUACAUCAUCCCAGACAGCUUCUGUGUGGACCGGCCUGCGCUUCAUGGCUGGUCAUUGGUUCUGGGUCAGUGGACACAAUCUUCAAUAUAAAGCCUGGUCUGUGGAGGGGGAGCUCCAGUGUCCUGCCAGAAACCUGCGCUGUGGAGCUCUGGAGAGACAAAAUAAUAUUUGGACACCCAAAAAUUGUGAGGAUAAACUCAACUUUGUCUGUCUUAAAAAGCUAUAAAUGUGCUUCAUGUUGCAUUACAUACAUUUCUUCAUGUAGGCCUAUAUAUGAUACUGAUUCAUUUAUAAAUCAUGAAUCAAUAGAAAUCUAUUGCUUUACAGUAGUAUGUAUGGUUGUUAAAAAUAAUGUUUUUUAAUCAUUCAUUUUAGUCGUGUCAACAUAUACAUUGUCUUGUAAAACAAUGUUUAGUCAAAAUCUUUUAUGGGCUUGCAGAGACAUUAUAAAUUAUAUGUUUGAUUUAUUAUAAAAAUAAAGAUUUAGAUUGUCAGUUAGAUUUUAAUAGCCAUAAAAGAUAUGUAAAACAAUCAA